GAGUGAUGCAGUUAUGCUACUUAAUUAUUAGUAGACUAUUUGAUAAAAAGGGGACAGGAAGUCUUUAUAGCUCAUACUUCCUGGACUGGCUGCAGAAGCUGCAGACAUGAAAACAAGACAUCCUGAAAUAAUAAUUAAAAAAGCACCUCUUAUCUUGAAUUUAAAGUCAUGUCACCAGAGCUGCAGGUCACUAAAUGAUCUGAUAUCUAACUAACUAACAGUGGACGUUUCCUCUGGUUUCUCCCAGCAUGCAACACCUCCUGCAUCUCUUUCACUUUCAGUCUUGAAGCAGCUAGAUGUGCUAAACACUGCGUGCUCAAGAAGACAAGGUGAGGAUUUCCUGCUUUCAUUGUCACCAUGUUAGCAGCACCUCUCCUACUGCUGCUGUUCGUUCCCUUUCCUCCCUCAUCAGGAGCUCAGCUACCAGAUCAGGGUCAAGCAAAGAACGCCCCCAUAGCCACCAACGGCCAGCCGUUCCCAUGGGACAGCAUGAGACUUCCUAAAACCAUCUCCCCCGUCCACUAUGACCUGACCAUCCACCCCAACCUGACCACCCUCGACUUCACCGGAGUCGUUCGUAUCCAGCUGGACGUGCACGAAGACACCAGCACCAUCAUCCUCCACUCCAAGCAGCUGCAGAUAUCCAACGUGUGGCUCCUUAUACCUGAAGGUUUGCAGCCUCUCCGGGUGUUGGAGUAUCCUCGUUUCCAUGAGAUCGCUCUGCUGUCAGACUCGGUGCUGACCAAAGGUAGGAGGUAUGAAGUCCAGCUGGAGUUCGCUGCCAACUUCUCUGACAGCUUCCAUGGUUUCUACAAGAGCACCUACCGCACCAGCAGUGGAGAAGUCCGGGUUCUGGCUUCCACGCAGUUUGAAGCCACCUUUGCUCGAGGAGCUUUCCCCUGUUUCGAUGAGCCCGCCUUCAAAGCCAACUACACCAUACGGAUUAUACGAGAGCCACGCCACAUCGCCAUAUCCAACAUGCCCAAGGUAAAAACUGUGGAGUUGCCGGGCGGUUUGCUGGAGGAUCACUUCGACACGUCUGUCAAAAUGAGCACUUACCUGGUGGCCUACAUUGUGUCUGACUUCUUGUCUGUGAGCAAGACCACCCGGCAUGGUGUCAAGAUUUCAGUCUACGCUGUACCUGAGAAGAUCGACCAGACGGCCUACGCGCUGGAUGCUGCUGUCAAGCUGUUGGAGUUCUACAAUGAAUAUUUUGAUAUUCCUUACCCACUCCCCAAACAGGACCUGGCUGCUAUCCCUGACUUCCAGUCGGGUGCGAUGGAGAACUGGGGGCUGACCACCUACAGAGAGACAGGCCUCCUCUUCGACCCUGACAAGUCCUCAGUUUCAGACAAACUGGGCAUCACCAAGGUCAUCGCCCAUGAGCUCGCACACCAGUGGUUUGGGAACCUGGUGACGAUGGAGUGGUGGAAUGACCUGUGGCUCAAUGAGGGUUUCGCCAAGUUCAUGGAGUUUAUUUCUCUCGACAUCACCUACCCGGAGCUGCAAGUGGAUGACUUCUUCUUGGGGAAAUGUUUUGAGGCCAUGGAGGUCGACUCCCUCAGCUCCUCCCACCCCAUCUCCACCCCUGUGGAAAACCCCACGCAGAUCCAGGAGAUGUUCGACGACGUUUCAUACGACAAGGGAGCAUGUAUUCUGAACAUGCUGCGGGACUUCCUGACUCCUGAGGCUUUUGAGAUUGGCAUCAUCCGAUACCUGAAGCGCUACAGCUACCAAAACACUGUCAACAGCCACCUGUGGGAGAGCCUAACUGAUAUCUGCAGCUCAGACAAUCUGGACGAAGGCCGGAUGAAACACAAAGAAUUCUGCUCAAAGCGCAGCGUCCAGUCUGGAGCCUCCAAAUGGUUCUCGGGUGAUGAGCUGGAUGUCAAGGCCAUCAUGGACACCUGGACGCUGCAGGAGGGCUUCCCGCUGGUCACUGUGGAUGUCAGAGGUCGGGAGGUCAGGCUCAGUCAGGAGCGUUACCUGAAGACAGACGACCAAUCCCUCACUGAAGGAUUCCUGUGGCAGAUCCCACUGACGUACAUGACCAGCGCCUCCAACACCGUCCAUCGCUUCCUGCUUAAGACAAAGACUGAUGUCCUGUACCUGCCGGAGAAGGUGGACUGGGUGAAGUUCAACGUGGACAUGUGCGGCUACUACAUGGUCCACUAUGCAGGCGAGGGGUGGAACUCCAUCAUCAAACUGCUGCAGCACAAUCACACAGCCCUGAGCAGCAACGACCGCGCCAGCCUCAUCCACAACGUCUUCCAGCUGGUCAGCACAGAGAACGUGAGGCUGGACACGGCUCUGGAGCUGUCUCUUUACCUGUCCAGAGAGACUGAGAUCAUGUCUGUGACACAGGGCUUUGGGGAGCUCGUACCUCUUUACAAACUGAUGGAGAAGAGAGACAUGCCCGCUCUGGAGAACCAGAUGAAGGACUACAUUGUGGAUCUGUUCCGGGGGCUGAUUGAUCGGCAGGAGUGGACUGACUCUGGAUCAGUGUCUGAGCGAAUGCAGAGGAGCUACCUGCUGCUGUUUAGCUGCGUCAGGAACUACGCGCCCUGCGUGACAAAAGCCACCGAGCUCUUUAACAAGUGGAUGGACUCUGACGGCACCAUGAGCCUCCCUGUUGACGUCACCAUGGCUGUGUUUGUGAUUGGAGCUCGAACACCAGAGGGGUGGGACUUCCUGUUUGAGAAGUACCGCAGUUCGAUGCAAAUGUCUGUAAAGAGCCGCAUGAAGAUUGCAAUGGCCGUCAGCCCCCUGCAGGACAAGCUCAAGUGGAUGAUGGAGCAGAGCCUCCAGGGUGAGGUGAUGAAGACUCAGGACCUCUCGGGCGUGGUUGUCAGUAUCAGCAAGAACCCCCAUGGCUACAAACUGGCCUGGGACUUCGUCCGAGCCAACUGGCACACUCUGAUCAAGAAAUUUGACUUGGGCUCUAGCACCAUAUCGCACUUGGUGACUGGGGUGACGGACCAGUAUUCUACCAGGGAGAUGUUAGAUGAGGUUAGAAGCUUCUUUGGCUCUCUGACUGAGGAGUCGGGCUCAGAGAUGAGGUGUAUCCGGCAGUCCUACGAGACCAUCGAGGGUAACAUCCGCUGGAUGCACACCAACCUUCCUCUGCUGCAGGCCUGGCUGGACAAACACAGCCACAGAAUCGUGCAUGAAGAUUUAUAGUUACAGGGGAAACCGAAAAGUCUAGAUUGGACGAUUAUGUGGCUAAAGGCAGAAACGACAAGAGGUAUGGAUGCAACUCAAAAGACUUGAAGCAUCUCUUGGAGUCCGACUUGAAUCACAAAUUUGAUGACUUAAUAUUUGAACACAGAAUUCAAACAGACUUGCAGUUCAACUUUGAUUUUAACACCAGUGACUCCUGACUUAUACCCAAAUGUAAAGAUAAAAGAAACAAAUUUGGAUGCUGUGUUAUCUCAGUGCAAAUUAUUAAUUACCCCAAACCUGACUGACCUGAUUUGGCACUUAUGUGUCAACACUUAUGACUUACUUGUGACUUGCAAAACAAUUACGUUCUGCCAACUCUGUAAAAUACAGCCUGUGUUUCUCAAAGGGGGUGUUCCUCAGGUUCAAAGAGAUCUAAGUAUUUCCUUAAAGAACCCCACAUGGGAAAGGUUUGAGGGGUUUGAAAAAAGCGCUCUGUCAUGACACCUGAACAUUUGUGCUCAGAGCUGUCUGUGUGUGUUUGCAUGUUUGUUGGUGUGUGUGCUGUGUGAAGUUGGGGUGGGUGAGUUUUUAUCUGACAUUUUAAGAUGUUCAAAGAUGAAUUCUGUGUGAAGUCUCUGUUUUUGUAAAGUUCAUUUCCAUCUGUGCUGCAUUAUCACUGCAGAAAGCAACAACAUCCAUAUUGUACAGUGUUGUACAAAUAGUAAAUGUUGCACAAAAGAAAUGUAGUGUACAUCGGGUAUUUAUUUUUUCUCAAAUAUUUAGGUACCAGACAACUACUUCUCACCUAAAAAAAAAAAAAAAAAAAAAUGAUUGGAUAUUCCCUCUCACCAGAAAUUCACAAGAAAGAAGGUUACUGUCUUCAGCCUUCA